AUGGCAGAGAUUCUAGCGGGCUCAGCAGGCAAGAGUCCUACACUGCAGUUGAAGACUCAGGCACUGCAGGUGAGCAACCAAGCUGAGGAGUUUUCAGUAGUUGAAGUUGGGGAAGAGCUAGAAAGGGUCUUAGUGAGGAUAAGGCAGGUACCCAUUAGAGUAAGGGAAGAAUUGGAAGAGGCACGUAUAGCGGGGAAAUACAGAAUCAAGUUUCUCCAAGUAUUGGAAAGUGAAGCUAGUGGUAUAGGCAAAAUACUGGAAGACAUGAAAGCCAGCGUAGUGGGAUAUAAGCAGUUUGGGCGAGAACCGUUCAGAACCCUACGCACUAAAGGUAUUGACAAGAUAGAUGAUCUUAUAGAGUAUUUUGAUACAAAAGAACGAGAGGGCGAGUUGAUUGCUGAUAUAUGCGACAUGUUUCAGACUAACGCUCGGGAGGUUCGAAAUGUACUGGGAGAGGUACAACGCACCUUGCGUCAGCAAUCAGACCGAAGCCCGCCAAAGGAUGAUGAUCAAAUGGACACGGACACUGACACAGAUGAGAAGGAAUUCGAUGAUAUCAGCAAGCCAGACUGGAGCGCCUUACGGUCUACCCUGGAAGCAGCGUUCGGAGAAAUUGGAAGGACAAGCAGUCAGCACACCAGGUCAGGAAGCUUCAAAGUUUAUGGCUUUGAUGCAGGCGAAUGCGUGCAUAGGUCCUGGGUUACUCAAAGGGACUAG